AUGGUCUUUGUGGGUAACUCCGGCGUCAUCCACAAGUCCUGCUUCCAGUUGAUUGGCCGGUGGAAGCUAGAGGAGAAGUCGCCGGCUGUCCACGAACCUCCAGGCACGGUUGCAACAACAGGACCUGCAACUACAAUCAACAGCGGCGCGGGAACAUCUACUGCGGGAAGCUCUGAGCGCACGGAAGAAGCGUUCCACCAGCCAGCCAACAAUCAUGCCACAAACAACGCAGAGUCAGUGCCGGAAAUGGCAAUCGUUCCAGCAAUGCCGACAAGCACACCUUUGCACACCAGCACAAGCAACACUCAAGCAGAUGAAACAACCACCGAUACUGAAGUGAAUGAUGAAACUGAUGAUGAAGCACAAGGGGAUGCAGAAGAUGGGCAAUCAGAAAUCAUGGUACCUAAGCCACCGUAUGUUGGGCAGAGAUUUGAUUCGUUUGAAGAUGCAAAGGAAUUCUACCAGACAUAUGCAAAGUUCCAUGGAGUAUUCACCCCCCUCGAGAAGAAAUUCAUAAAGCUGCUACAUGAUUGUAACGUCGGUCCAUCAAGAAUGGUCCAGAUACUGUCCUUGAUCCACAGCAAAAGUGGGACUCUGAGUAGCAUGCCCUACAUACCGAAAGACGUCACAAACCUAAAGGCAAUGUACCGUAGAGAGAGCAGGUUGGCUGACAUAGAAGACACGAUAGCCUAUUUCGAUGAGAAAGCGAAGGAAGAUCCAGAUUUCUUCUACAGGAUAAGAUUGGACGAUGAGGACCGUGUCAGGAACAUGUAUUGGGUGGAUGGAAUAAAUAACCACAAUCAGUCAUUGCAGUUCGGAUGUGGGCUCAUUCGGAACGAAGACACGGAUGGGUACACUUGGCUGUUCAAGACCUUCUUGGAGUGCAUGGGUGGACUUGCUCCGAUGAACAUAAUAACAGACCAGGAUUUUAGCAUGCGUGCAGGCAUAGAGGAGGUCUUUCCGUUGGCAGUGCACAGGCACUGCAGGUGGCACAUUAUAAAGAAGGCUGAGGAGAUGCUAGGACCGUUCUUUGCUGACCAUCCAGAUCUGCACAAGGCAUUCGAGAUGUGCGUGGACCACAGCUUGACGGUGGAGGAGUUUGAACGGAGCUGGAUGGCUAUGAUUGAAACAUAUCAAGUCCAAGACCAUGAGACGCUAGCUAGCCUGUGGGAGAAGCGAAUGUACUGGGUGCCGGCCUACUUCAUGCAGUGCUUCUUCCCAUUUCUGCAGAUUACACAGCGCAACGAGGGGUUCAAUGCUGUUUUGAAGCGGUACGUGAGCCCUGGCAACUCAUUGCUACAGUUUGCCAAGCAGUACACCGCUUUGCAACAGAAAAUACUGGGAUCUGAGCUACAGCAAGAAGCAAACACCGCGCUCAAGCAGCCUAAAUUGCUAACAUAUUUACCAAUGGAGAGGCAGAUGAGCAAGACAUAUACCAACAAGAUUUUUAACAAGUCAGUUGUGUUACAGUCUUAUUUGCACAAGCAUGAAGUCAGUAGGUGCCAUGUAGAAUGCAAUGCAGUUGAAAAGCUUAUUGAAAAUGAUGAUAUUUUGAAAGUAGCCAUUGAUUGCCAUGUUUAA